UGGGAAGGGGCCGGUCCAGCCCCCCGGGCGAGCCGAGGCUUCGCCGUGCGCGGGGCCGGCAGGAUCCCACCGCCGCCGGGCUGCUCGGGUCUGCGGGAGCACCCGGGGCCCGGAGGACAGACACAUCCCCGGCGGGGCCGUUGCAGAGGGACCGGACCAGGGGGUGCCCCCCCGCAAGGGACACCGCAGAGGCUCGGGGGGCUCCGGAGAGAAGCAGCCGGGGGGCUCCGGGGACACAGCCCUGCCCCGGGGGGGCGUCCAACUGCGGCACAGCCCAUGGCUGAGGAUGGCAGGGCCAGUGGUCUUGCCGGGGAGGGCAUGAGCCUCCCCGCGGGUGCUGCGGAGGGGUCCAGCUGCCCGGAGGAUGUCGAGGCGCUAGUGACAGGGGCCGACGCCAUGGCUGCGUUCAAAGCCGGGAAUGUGGAGGAGCUGUAUGAGCUGCUAGACACUCUGGGCAGCGGGCACUUUGGUGUAGUGAAGCGGUGCCGGGAGCGUGGGACAGGGACCUUCUACGCCGCUAAGUUUGUGAAGACGCGGAAGUGCCGGGGCAGCCUCCGGGGGCUGGGCCGUGAGCAGGUGGAGCGUGAGGUCGGCAUCCUGCAGCAGCUGGAGCACCCCAACAUCAUGCGCCUGUACGACCUCUUCGCCAGCAAGGCCGAGAUGGUGCUGGUGCUGGAGCUGAUCUGCGGCGGGGAGCUCUUUGACUUCAUCGCUGCCAAGGAGAUGCUGACAGAGGCCGAGGCCAUUGAGUUCCUGGAGCAGAUCCUACGUGGAGUCGCCUACAUGCACUCCCAGCACAUCGCCCACUUUGACCUCAAGCCGGAGAACAUCAUGCUGCUGGAGAAAGAUGUGCCCAACCCAAAGAUCAAGAUCAUUGACUUUGGUCUGGCACAGAAGUUGGAGGAUGGCACGACCUUCAAGAGCCUCUGCGGCACCCCGCAGUACAUUGCUCCAGAAGUGAUCAACUAUGAACCGCUGAGCUCGGCUACGGAUAUGUGGAGCAUUGGGGUCAUCACCUACAUCCUGCUGAGCGGCAUGUCGCCCUUCCAGGGCGAGACGGAUGCCGAGACCCUAACUAAUGUGGUGGCCGGCAGCUACGAAUUCGAGAACAAGUACUUCAGCCAGACCAGCGAGAUGGCCAAGGACUUCAUCGGCCAGCUGCUGGUCAAGGAGCCGGGGGACCGAAUGACUGCGGCUGAGAGCCUCGUCCACCCCUGGAUCAAGCCCCUGAGCCGGAAGCAGGUUGCGAACCGCAGUCGGUCCUCCAUCAACAUGAAGAACUUCCGCAAGUUCAACGCCCGCAGGAAGUGGAAGCUCUCCUACAACAUGGUGUCUGCCUGCAACCGCCUCUGCCGCAUGAAGCUCCUGUGCAACCAGAGCAAGGCUGACGAGCCCCUGCGCAGCUGCGAGAGUGACCAGGAGGACGAGCCCACCAGCCCAGUGACCUUGCUGCGCCGGCGGAGAAGCAGCUGUUCCUGAUGGCCCUGCCCGUGGCUCCGGCAGCUCCUGGGACCCCUGGCCUCCUCGGGGGGCAGCACCAGCCUGGAGGGAGGGCACCUGCACUUGCCCCCAAUGGCUGGGAUCCAUUCAGCAGAAAGGGGCAUGGACUUUGGGUCUGGGGGCCUGAUCCAGGCUCCCCUCCAUCCUAAAGGGCAGGGGGGUGCUGAGGGCAUCUCCUGCUUCCCCAGGGCAGGUGGGGUAUGUGAAGGGGGGGGCGUUUAACCUUUGCAUUGCUGCUCACUAUUCGGAGACACCCCCCCACCGCUGCUGUGCACCCCCCCCAACCAGGAGCACCUUCCCUUUCCCACCUCUGGGGGUCCCUUGGGAUGUCGGUCACCCCCUGGCCCCUUUUGAGACGGCACAUGGGGACAUGCCACUCCUCCACUCGCUUGCACUGAGUCCCAUUUGCCCCCUUUCUUUCCUCCAGCGCAUGCGGUGUUAAUCCUCCACUAAACACCCCCCCCACCCCCUCCUUAGUGGGGUCUACACACUGUGACACUGGGGCGGGGGGCAAUAUGGCUUCCCUCCCCCUCACUGCUACCCUUGCACUGCACUGGACUGCACUGCAUGGCGGCACUCAGAGGGCUAAUAGGCCUCAGGUCAGCUGUGGGGAGCUCCUGGCUGGGAGGGUGCUCUCCCUGCCCCUCACUGCAUGUGUCUCCCCUUCCCCACUGGACUAUUUUAUUUUUAAAGGAAUAAAAAUGGACCCUGUCCCCUG